CAUCACAGCGGAGCAGACACCCUCCUAACAGCUCUCAUACAGGACUGCAGCAGGACUUUAAACAUUUGUUCAGGAUGAACAGAAAUCCACAGGAGGAAAUUGAGGAAAUCGAGGAAGCAGCAGCAGCUAACUAUGUUAAUGUACCAGCAUGCACUGUGGAGAAAGUGGCAGCUCGUCCAGACCAGAGGUGUCACUGCUUCUCUCAGUCUUUUCUACUGAUAGCAGUGUGUUGGCUGAUACUGUUAGUCAUCAUGGGCCUCCGUAUCUACUUUACCAAUCGCAACCUCAACGACAAACUCAGCGUCUUAGAAAACCAGAUCACAAACCUGACUGCAGUAAACCAGGAGCUGGAGACACUAAACCAGGAGCUGGAGAGGAACAACUUAAGAGGACCAAUACAAAACAUCAGUCAAGCUCAGUGGAGCAUUGAUGAAUACUGCCCCAAAGUAAAUAAUGAGAGACAGUGUCAAGCUUGUCAGAAGGGCUGGAGACUCUUCAAGUCCAGCUGCUAUCUGUUUUAUGACGCUGAUCCUCCUGAUCAGAAAACCUGGGAAGAAGCUCGAGAAGACUGCAGAGAACGGAGUUCAGAUUUGGCUGUUGUAGAUGAUGGAUAUGAUGAGGUAAUGAGAAAACUGUGGGAGUUUUUAUGA